AAUCAGAAAUUUCCUUGUUUUUUUCCCCCUGAAAAUUUCUGAUUUUCUCUCUUUUGUUGGUGGAAAUUCAGUCCUUCUCUUUUUUCUACUUUCAAUGGACCCAACACACCAUGGUACCGGUCAGUCGUUGCCCUCCCCCCCACACUGGGUGAGCAGUGGUCUCAGUCUGGCUCCGCCCCUGCCUGGUGCACCUUCCUGGAUGAAGUCCAAAUCAAGAGACAAGAGUUCUUUGUGGGAGGACAGACAUGGGACAAAGACGUGAGACCAGAAGACGAGUUCUCCAGUGGAUCCUUUAUCUAGAAAAUCCUGCAUCUGCUUUCAUUUCAGAGAAAUUCCUUGCUGUGGAGCUAUAAAUGAAUCUUAAUUUGAAGGAUCCAGUGAUGUGUUUGCCCUGCAGGACCUGUGCUGCUUUUAAACACCACUUUCUGUGUGUCAGGUCCAACGGCCUCUCCUCUCCUCUCCUCUCCUCUCCACCUGAUAAGCCGUUUAAAGCUGACAGAGCAGGAUCUGUUAAAUGGAAACACGAUGAAAGCGACCCACACUCAGCCGAUUGCCUUGGCUUGCAUCAUUUCGCCUCCCUGGCUGAAUUAGUGCUAACAAGGUGGCAAUAAAACAAAUGAGAGUCGUAACGCAGAGUUCAGGUUCUGAAGCGGUGCUGUGCUGCAGGGCCGGUAGUGGUGGUGGUACCUGUGGGGGGUCACAGGUACCGCUGCAGGUUCUGGUCCAGACCUGAGUGAGUAUCGGGUUCGCUGCAGCGGCUCCAGGGCCCAUACCCGGUUUAGAUUUACCGCCUCCCUGGAACAGAGCGUGGAGCGUCACCUGCAUCUGGUUUCCACUGACAAAUCAAAGCCAGUUGUGGUGGGAGGGCAGCGCAGUUAACCAAAACAGGCCGCUUCAUCAUUUUUACGGCCAGUAGGAGUUUGCAGCUUUUAAAUCUUUGUUCCUGUGGUCUGUUAGUCAGCGCUUCGGGUGGCUCCCAGCAGCGGCGAGGAGGAGAGGAAGGUGCAGAUGCAGGUGGAGCCGAACAGACAGGAAGUCUCCGAGGACAGCAGGAGGUGGGGGAGGGGGGACAUGGACGGGAUCAGGUUCAGGUUGGACUGCAGCGACGGCACAAACGGAAAGACGAGACGCCGGGAUCGGAAGUGAAACUCACACAGUCACUGUGACUGAGAGCAGAAAUGGAGCAGAAUCAGCUGGACAGUGAAACUUUCUCCUGUUCCAUCUGUCUGGAUCUACUGAAGGAUCCGGUGACUACUUCCUGUGGACACAGCUACUGUAUGAAGUGUAUUAAAGCCCAGUGGGAUGAAGAGGAUAAGAAGGGAAUCCACAGCUGCCCUCAGUGCAGGGAGACAUUCACACCGAGGCCUGUGCUAAAGAAGAACACCAUGCUAGCAGCUUUAGUGGAGCAGAUGAAGAAGACUGGACUCCAAGCUGCUGCUGCUGACCACUGCUAUGCUGGACCUGAAGAUGUGGCCUGUGAUUUCUGCACUGGAAGAAAACUGAAAGCCAUCAAGUCCUGUUUAGUCUGUCUGGCCUCUUACUGUGAGAAACACCUUCAGUCUCAUUAUGAUUCAGCUACAUUUAAGAAACACAAGCUGGUGGAGCCGAACAAGAACCUCCAGGAGAACAUGUGCUCUAAGCAUGAUGAGGUGAUGAAGAUGUUCUGCCGCACUGAUCAGAGGUGUGUCUGUCUCAUCUGCUUAAUGGAGGAACAUAAAGAUCAUGACACAGUCACAGCUGCAACAGAAAGAACUGAGAGGCAGAGAGAGCUGGAGGAGAGACGAGGAAACAUCCAGCAGAGAAUCCAGGACAGAGAGGAAGAUGUGAAGCUGCUUCAACAGGAGGUGGAGGCCAUCAAUCACUCUGCUGAUAAAACAGUGGAGGACAGUGAGAAGAUCUUCACCCAGCUGAUCCGUCUCCUCCAGAAAAGAAGCUCUGAGGUGAAGCAGCAGAUCAGAUCCCAGCAGGAAACUCAAGUGAGUCGAGUCAAAGAUGUUCAGGAGAAGCUGGAGCAGGAGAUCACUGAGCUGAAGAGGAAAGACGCUGAGCUGGAGCAGCUCUCACACACACAGGAUCACAACCAGUUUCUCCUCAAAUACCCCUCACUGCCAGAACUCAGUGAGUCGACACACUCAUCCAGCAUCAACAUCCGUCCUCUGAGACACUUUGAGGACGUGACAGCAGCUGUGUCAGAGCUCAGAGACAAACUACAAGACGUCCUGAGAGACAAAUGGACAAACAUCCCACUGAUGGUCACUAAGGUGGAUGUUCUACUGUCAGGACCAGAACCAAAGAGCAGACCUGGGUUCUUAAAGUAUUCCUGUCAAAUCACACUGGAUCCAAAUACAGCAAACACAAGGCUGGGACUAUCAGAGGAGAACAGGAAGGUGACAAGGAUGAAUAAAUAUCAGUCUUAUUCUAGUCAACCAGACAGAUUCACUGGUUGGCCUCAGGUUCUGAGUAGAAAGAAUCUGACUGGACGAUGUUACUGGGAGGUGGAGUGGAGCGGGAAACGGGUUCAUAUAUCAGUUACAUACAAGAAUAUCAUCAGAGCAGGAGGUGGGACUGAAUGUGGAUUAGGAUUUAAUGACAAAUCUUGGGCUUUAGUGUGUCUACAAAACAGUUUUAGUUUUCUUCACAACUACAUCUGGACCUCCAUCUCAGGUCCAGUUUCCUCCAGAGUAGGAGUUUUCCUGGAUCACACAGCAGGUCUUCUGUCCUUCUACAGAGUCUCUGAAACCAUGACUCUCCUCCACAGAGUCCAGACCACAUUCACUCAGCCACUGCUGGUUGGAGUUUGGGUUGGUAACCCCGGUGCAUCUGCAGAGUUUUGUAAAAUAAAAUAAAUUUCCUCUUUUCUCUCUAAUUGUUGAUCAGGUUCUUGGUUCUGAUGUCUCUGUUCUGCUGUUCUGUUCUUCUUGAUUUUUCUAUUGUAAAUGUAGUUCUCUGUGUUCCUGGAGCCAUGAAGGAAAUCACUGCUGAUGUUUUUAUUUUUAUAUGAUAGAAAAAUAUUUCUCCACAUGAAAAUCGAAAAUUCUCUGGGCUUUAAUAUGUUAGCUUUAAUAUUUGUAUUAAUAUAUUUUCAUGGUCUAGUUCUUUCAUGUUGGUUUAGUUUAAAUCAGUUAUUAAAGUGAACUGAACUUG